UCUUUCUGGGCUUUUCAGGUUUUUUCUCGGAUAUUUGCAAAAAAUAUCGGGGGUAAGUCAAUUUUUUUACUUUUCUGAUUCAUUGGAGAAUCAAUAAAACACAAAAGUUUGACGCAAAACUAACAAACACAAAUACGCGUAAAAAGUUUGAAUAAGAACAAAACCAAAAAAGCCAAAAGCCAACACAAAAAGCUAAGGAGAACAACACCAGUGUAUUUGUGUAAAGGAUUGCUAUUGGCAUCUCCUAUUGUUCUUUAUUCCUUAACACGUGCUAAUUUGAGCUUUUAACUCCUUAUUCUUGAAUUAUUUUGUGGUUGCAACAUAUCUUUAGUGGCAAUAUUUGGGGUGAGUAAUUUGGUGAUAGAUGAACACACUCUCAUGUUUGGAUUGAAAAUUAGGUAAAAUGGUGAGAGAGGAGGGAGGAGGGAGAACUCUUUUGUUUAACCAGUUCUGUUUGUCAAAAAAGAAAAGGAGUAUUCUACUUUACAAGUGGCUGGAGGACAGUUUGAGUAUAGGGGAAAAAGUAUCUGAAGCUCCAUUUGUCCUAGCACUGAAGUCAGGAGCAGCAGCAGCUUCAUCAAAAAAAUCUUUGGAGGAAAGUGGUUCUAAAGGUGCUGAUGGACAUGAUUCCAGUGAUGUUGAAACGUCCCAACAUAAAAGGAUCAGAACCUCUCCAGAAUACCACAAAACUGUAUCUUCAGAAGAUACAGCCAGUGCUGUUAAUAAUGAUGCAUACAUUGGUUCUGAUGAUUUGUCCGCCCCUCUGGUCCCUGUUAACAGCAGUCCUACUACCCCUGAUUCUCUAAAUAAAACUGUUGGAACUUCAGACUCAUCAUUGCCAUAUAGCCCACCUGAUCAAAACCAAAAUAUUACCGAGAUAUUUGGGAAACUUAUGAACAUAUAUAGAGCACUUGGUGAUGAUCGGAGGUCUUUCAGCUAUUCUAAGGCCAUUGCAGUAAUUGAGAAGUUGCCCUUCAGAAUUGAAAGUGUGGAUCAGGUUAAGCACCUACCUGCAAUUGGAAAGUCAAUGCAGGAUCAUAUUCAGGAGAUGGUGAAUACAGGGAAGCUUUCUAAGUUGGAGCACUUUGAAACAGAUGAAAAGGUGCGGACAAUAAGCCUAUUUGGGGAAGUAUGGGGCAUUGGUCCAGCCACUGCUCUGAAACUUUACGAGAAAGGACAUCGAACUCUGGAAGAUCUGAAGAAUGAGAAGUCAUUAACAAAUUCACAGAGGUUAGGGUUGAAAUAUUUUGAUGAUAUCAAAACAAGGAUUCCACGUCAUGAGGUACAAGAGAUGGAACAUCUUUUACAGAAUGCUGCAGAAGAAAUUUUGCCUGGGGUGAUGGUGGUAUGUGGAGGAUCAUACAGGCGUGGAAAAGCCUCUUGUGGGGAUCUGGACAUUGUCAUUACUCAUCCUGAUGGGAAAAGUCAUAUAGGCUUUCUUCGAAAAUAUGUAAAGCAUCUGAAGGAUAUAAAGUUCUUAAGGGAAGAUUUGAUCUUUAGUAUUCACAGUGAAGAGGGUACUGAUGCGGGAGUUGAUACAUAUUUUGGUCUUUACACAUAUCCUGGUCGAGAGCUGCGACAUCGUAUAGAUUUCAAGGUUUAUCCAAGGGACAUAUAUGCUUUUGGACUAAUAGCUUGGACAGGGAAUGAUGUGUUAAACAGGAGACUGAGAUUACUUGCGGACUCGAAGGGAUACCGACUUGAUGAUACGGGGCUGUUUCCAGCUACUCAAAGUUCUAGCAGUAAACGGGGGACAAAAGCCAGCGGAAGUUUGCAUUUUAAGACGGAAAAAGAAGUGUUUGAUUUCCUGGGAUUUACUUGGCUUGAACCACAUGAGAGGAAUCUGUGAACCGCUGACAUGUUGAUAGGUUUUGUGAUCAAGCUGUACAUAUAGGCAUACACUUGGGGCAUGGGCUGCUGUGUGUUUUGACUUGUAAAUAGUUGAGAUUCAAGUAAAAGUGCUCCCCCAGGUGUUCUUUAUCUUGAGCUGAGCCUCCGUUACAGUGGUUUAGUCAGAUGUUGCUGUCAAUAUUAGCCUAACCAAUCUUUCUCGAACCAAGGGAAGAGAAUUUUGAAACUUUUCUGGUUAAUGGAAUGUCAUGAUAGUUUAGAACAGACUGCGUACAUCUUCUCGGCAAGAAUUAUUUUUCUGUUUCGAGAAGCUUGGCAGAACCACUGUGCGUUACAAUAUCUUGUAGAACAUGUAUAAUCUUGGUUUGAGAAAUGCUUCAGUUUUGUUCAUUAAGCAGUUAAUGGAAGGUAUUCAUUGCGUU